AAAUUACUGCAUCAUCGUUUUCUCCGUCUUUCUUGGAGAAAAACAGGUGUACUUCGAUCCCACCCACCGCUAAAUUAUAUUUUGCGAAUUAAGACAAACAACAACACCCAUCAUAAACCCAACUCAUUUCUUUUCUGAUUCAUCACAAUUUUCCUUCAAAUUCGUAGAUUUUAUUAAUUACAACAAUGGCCCAGGCUGUUUUUCAAUCCUCGUAUCUCUCUCGCUCCGAUUUCUCCAAGAAUUCAUCUAAAUCUUCCAUUAUCUUCGGCUCCCAGUUGAGAUCGCCGACAAUGGAGAAAACCCAGUUGAGAACUUUGGAUUCGGUCAAAACAAAAUCAACUGUACGAUUAAAGGCUGUAAUGGAGUCUCCAGGCCUAACUCAAGAGGUCGUAGAAAACGAGCCUAAAGUCGGUGGGGUGACUAACGAGGCUGCCAAUCAUUUCAAGGAGUUGAAGCAUAGGUUUCUCGGUUUCAAAAAGGAUAAAUACUUGAGCAACUUAGAACGCUACCAACAGCUUUCCGAGGCCCAAUACCCAAAGUUUAUGGUGAUUGCGUGUGCUGACUCGAGAGUUUGUCCCUCGAGUGUACUAGGAUUUCAACCAGGGGAAGCCUUUGUGGUUCGAAACGUGGCCAAUUUAGUGCCCCCACACGAGAAUGGACCUACGGAAACAAAUGCUGCUCUCGAGUUUGCUGUAAAUUCUCUUGAAGUCGAAAAUAUACUCGUCGUUGGCCACAGCUGCUGUGGAGGAAUCAAAGCCUUGAUGAGCUUGCAAGAUGAAGUGAUUUCAAGCUUCAUAAGAAGCUGGGUGGUUGUUGGAAGCCCCGCGAAGUCGAAAACGAAAGCUGCUGCUUCAAACCUCAACUUUGAUCAGCAGUGCAAGCACUGUGAAAAGGAAUCGAUUAACAGGUCAUUGAUGAACUUACUGAGUUAUCCAUGGAUCGAAGAACGUGUUGUACGCGGGAAGCUUUCGAUCCAUGGUGGCUACUACGACUUCAUCGAUUGUACGUUCGAGAAAUGGACCCUCGAUUACAAGGGUACUACCAUGCACGGCGAUAGCGAAUGCUCCAUUAAAAACCGGGAAUUUUGGACCUGAAAAAAUCGCUUUUUUCGUUAAAUUUGUCUUCUGUAUGUUGAAAACAAUUUGUAUUAUUACAAAAAGCUUCCGUCGUGUUGUGUAGUUUGUGCCGUCGUACGUUCACUUCGAUUCUCGAAAUAAAUGUGUGAUUGUAGUUUAUAAUUUUUCAUAUGGUUAACCGAUGUCGAGCGGUGUUAAUGCAGUAAAUUCGACACUCGAAUUAAAUACAGAAGUUUCAUUACAUUGUAUGAAUUAAGAUUUUCCUUGUCCGGAAAAAAUGUUUCAUUCUAAUAUAGUUUCUUUGUUCUUA